AUGACGUUCCCAGCCCGAUGCGGGCAGCGGACCGUCUCCUCCUUGCUCCGACAACGAUGCUUGUCCCCUGAAGUCGUCCCGUCAUCUCUCCGCACAUUUUCCACCGCUCAGACUCUCCCUUCUUCAAAAAAACCCCUAUACUCCCGGCCAGCCUCUUUGAAACAAUCGCAACAGCUCCCCGCAUGGCGAGGCUCCACGAGGGCGUUUUCGAACUCUUUGAAGAAGCUGGCUGCGGUUACGGGCCAGGAAGCUCCGAGCGCAAAGGCUUAUUUGGCAAGCGGAGCCAUUCAGGGCUCGGGCCAACUAGUUGAUGUGAAAAAAGUCCUGGUGAUUGGGAGUGGUGGAUUGAGCAUUGGACAGGCAGGUGAAUUUGACUAUUCUGGCUCUCAAGCACUCAAAGCCCUCAAAGAGGCUGGUGUUGAAUCCGUCCUGAUUAACCCUAACAUUGCCACAAUUCAAACGGACCACAAGCUCGCGGAUGAGGUGUACUAUCUCCCGGUUACACCAGAAUAUGUUACCCACGUUAUUGAAAGAGAGCAGCCAGACGGAAUAUUCUUGACUUUUGGAGGCCAAACAGCUCUUAAUCUGGGCGUCCAGAUGAACCGCAUGGGUGUCUUUGAUCGUUAUGGAGUCAAAGUCCUUGGAACCAGCAUUCGGACUCUGGAAGUCAGCGAAGACCGUGACCUUUUCGCCAAGGCAUUGAACGAAAUUAGCAUCCCAAUUGCGGAAUCAGUUGCUGUCAACAGCGUUGAUGAGGCGUUGGAGGCUGCUGAGAAGAUCGGCUAUCCCAUUAUCGUUCGGUCAGCGUAUGCGCUUGGUGGACUUGGAUCAGGAUUUGCGAAUAAUGCUGAAGAGCUCAAGAACCUGUCAUCCCGCUCGUUGACUUUGGCACCACAGAUUCUGGUAGAAAAGUCUCUCAAGGGCUGGAAGGAAGUUGAAUAUGAGGUGGUCCGUGAUGCUGCUAAUAACUGCAUCACGGUUUGUAAUAUGGAGAACUUUGACCCUCUGGGAAUCCAUACUGGAGACAGUAUCGUUGUUGCACCAAGCCAAACUCUUUCCGAUGAAGAGUACCACAUGCUCCGGACAGCUGCCAUUAAGAUCGUUCGCCACCUGGGAGUUGUUGGGGAGUGCAACGUCCAGUAUGCGCUCCAGCCUGAUGGGCUUGAUUAUAGAGUCAUUGAGGUCAACGCCCGUCUAUCCCGUUCGUCAGCUCUGGCUUCUAAGGCAACUGGAUAUCCUCUCGCUUAUACAGCAGCCAAAAUUGGACUUGGUCAUACACUACCUGAACUUCCUAAUGCGGUGACAAAGACUACGACCGCUAAUUUUGAACCUAGUUUGGAUUAUAUUGUAACUAAGAUCCCCAGAUGGGAUCUGAGUAAAUUCCAACAUGUGAAGCGCGACAUUGGCAGCUCCAUGAAAUCCGUUGGAGAAGUCAUGGCAAUUGGUCGUACCUUUGAGGAAUCCUUCCAGAAGGCUAUCCGCCAAAUUGAUCCCAAGUAUGUUGGCUUCCAGGGCGACAAGUUCGAAGAUCUCGAUGACGUCCUCAAGAGCCCUACUGAUCGUCGAUGGCUUGCUGUCGGACAGGCGAUGCUUCAUGAGAAUUAUUCUGUUGACAAGGUGCACGAACUGACCAAGAUCGAUAAGUGGUUCUUAUACAAGCUACAAAAUAUCGUCUCUCUACAAAACACGCUUAAGGAAAUUGGCAGCCUGUUUGGAAUCCAGAAGGAUAUGAUGCUUAAGGCGAAGAAGAUGGGCUUCUCUGAUAAGCAAAUCGCCUUGUGUGUCGGCUCUACUGAGGAUGAUGUUCGUGCAAGGAGAAAAAGCUUCGGUAUCAGGCCCUGGGUUAAAAAGAUUGACACCCUUGCCGCUGAGUUCCCGGCCGAUACCAACUAUCUUUACACCACCUAUAAUGCUACAUCGCAUGAUGUUACUUUCGAUGAUCAUGGAACCAUAAUCUUGGGAAGUGGUGUGUACCGUAUUGGAAGCUCCGUGGAAUUCGAUUGGUGCGCGGUUAACGCAGCCCUUUCCUUGAGAAACAUGGGCAAGAAGACUGUUAUGAUCAAUUUCAACCCGGAAACCUAUUCCACUGAUUUCGACACUGCUGAUAAACUCUACUUCGAAGAACUCAGCUACGAGCGUGUCAUGGACAUUUAUGAGCUCGAAAACGCUAGUGGAGUCGUUGUAUCAGUCGGCGGUCAAUUACCUCAGAACAUUGCCCUGCGACUCCAGGAGACUGGCGGUGCUAAGGUCCUUGGUACAGACCCCAAGGAUAUCGACAAGGCUGAAGAUCGUCACAAGUUCUCCCAGAUCCUCGACAGCAUCGGCGUGGACCAGCCAGCGUGGAAAGAGUUAAGUUCAGUUGCUGAAGCUGAGGUUUUUGCUGACUCUGUUGGCUACCCUGUACUCGUCCGUCCCAGUUAUGUCCUCUCCGGAGCUGCAAUGAGCGUCAUCCACAGCCGUGAUGAGCUGAAAGACAAGCUUCUCUCUGCCAGCGCAGUCUCUCCAGACCAUCCUGUUGUUAUCACCAAAUUCAUUGAGGGUGCACAAGAAAUCGAUGUUGACGCAGUCGCGUCUGCUGGUAAGCUUAUUGUUCACGCUGUAAGUGAACACGUGGAAGCUGCAGGGGUUCACUCUGGCGAUGCGACUUUGGUCCUCCCUCCUGUGAACCUCGAAGCACCCAUAAUGGCCCGUGUAAAAGAAAUCGCAGAGAAAGUUGCGAAAGCCUGGAGUAUUACCGGCCCCUUCAACAUGCAGAUUAUCAAAGCUGAAAAUCCGGAGGGUGGUGAGCCAUUUCUCAAGGUUAUCGAAUGCAACCUCCGUGCUUCGCGGUCUUUCCCUUUCGUCAGCAAGGUUUUGGGCACCAACUUUAUCGACGUUGCAACGAAGGCGCUCGUCGGCAGAGACAUUCCAGAACCCACAGAUCUUAUGGAAGUCAAGCGUGAUUAUCUCGCUACCAAGGUCCCCCAAUUCAGUUGGACACGUCUAGCUGGUGCUGAUCCAUACCUUGGAGUUGAGAUGGCUAGUACAGGUGAAAUCGCCUGUUUCGGCAAAGAUCUGGUCGAGGCCUACUGGGCCUCGUUACAAUCCACAAUGAACUUCCGCAUGCCUGAACCAGGUGAGGGCCUCCUAUUCGGUGGUGACUCAGAAAUGACAGAACUACCGAAGAUUGUCGAUUAUUUGAGUCCUCUGGGAUACAAGUUGUUCGCAGCCAGCUCAGAUGUCAAGGAACACCUAGAAUCCGCUACGAAGGGUGACAUUAAUAUUGAAGUCAUUGAGUUCCCUAAAGAAGACAAACGGGCCCUGCGAGAAGUGUUCAAGAAGUACGAUAUCAGAGGCGUGUUCAACAUUGCUAAGAGCCGCGGAAAGACUCUGCUUGAUGAGGACUAUGUUAUGCGACGAAAUGCUGUCGAUUUCGGCGUGACCCUUUUCAUGGAGCCAAAGACUGCCCUUCUCUUCGCACAAUGCAUGAGUGAAAAGCUUCCACGAAAAGAAGGAAUCCCGUCCGAAGUGCGAAGCUGGUCUAACUUUGUCGGCGGCAAGCUCUUGUAG